UGUUAUUGUAUUAGUUUCCUGUUAUUGUUGGUUGUUGAAUCAAACUCCACUCAGCUCUUAUCAAUGAUACAAUAACGUAGCAAUAACUUUCUGAAUCUGUGUUCAAGUAACGAAUUCUUAUGUACUUCAAUACAAAUAUAUAUAAUAUAGUUAUUAUUUCAGUUUACUGGUUCUACUGAACAAAAGUUACAAUCAGAAUAAAAAUAAAUAAAUUGCAAGCCAUGGAUGAAGAUAGUUGUACUCAAACUAAAAGGAAUGUCAAAUGGCCAGACAAUUCUGAAUAUACAGAUAGUUAUAUCUUACCUUCAAAAAUGCCUACAAAAUAUGAUCCUUGGACCAGAAGCAAAACAGAAACUGAGAUUGAUAUGAUCUCAGGUAGGCCAAGAACCCCAAAUGAUCAGUACACAGUUUUAACAGAACUACAGCUGAAGAAUAUGAAAAAGGAUGCAACUCCAUUUUUCAUGCUUGAAGAUCGUGAUGCUCAAUCCAAAAUGAGUUCAACCAUUUUGCCCACCCCUAAAGCUCGCUUUGCUACUAGUACAAGCCAGUUCCUGUUCAGAGACAAUCCACCUCGAUCCAAUCCUCACUGCUGGCUUGAUGAACAGUGGCAGAGGGAUCCCCCAGAGCAGCACAAUACUUGUAGACUUGGGGCCUCUUUACGAUGGGGGCCUUCCAAAACAGGAGAACGCACAAUAAGCCAUUUUCACAAAGAAGAUGUUCACAGAUUCUUAAAUAUUGACAUGUAUAAGAGGUCACCUACCAAUAUACCAUCAGUGGUAGUCAUGAAAUAUGGCAGACCUGGUGAAGGAUAUUAUCAGCAAAGAAAUCCAAAUUUCAACACAUGGUUUGGUUCAACACAUAGACUAAAUAAAACCAACAUUUUGACCAACAUUAAGAAAAAGACAUUUGCAGAGUAUGAUCAGCUGAACAAAUAUGAGCAAAACUAUCAGAGAAAUUUAGCAUCAAGAUGGCCAGAGAUAACAGAAUAUACAGACAAGUAUAUGUUACGAUCAAAACCAGAAGUUAUCAUUGAUAAAAUGGAGGCCAGGAAAGAAUUUCAUAGAAAACAAAGAUUUCAAGAAGCUCAACUAUUGCAACAGGAAACUAAUCAACCAAUCAAUGAACCCCAACUAGUGCCAGCCUAAUUUAGAGCUUGAUUAUAUAACUAUUAUUGAUUUAGAAUUUAGUUGACUCAAGAUACAUUGAAAAUUAUUGAUUUGUAAAGAAAAUAUUGUUAUAAUAUUAAACACUGAUGUGUUUUGUCAAAUAGUUCAGUCACAGAAAAUGAUCUUAUCUUUUUAACAUUACUGCAUUAUUCACAUAUUCUCUUACUACUGUAGGACAUUAACAGAUACUAAAAUAUUACUGCUAAAUGUUUAUAACACUCAAUGAUUGUUACGAAAAUAGAAUUAACUUUUAAAUCUAAGUUCAGUUUCUAUCAAGAUGGAUGUUUUUGUUUUUUUAACAGGGCAAAGUUUACAUAUAGAUUUUAGACUUGAUACAAGUAGGCAAACUCAACAAAGACAUUCUCUGUGGAAAGGUUUUAAUCUUAAAUCCAUCUUCAGCAUUACCUGAAAAACAUUGUAUAUAAAAUCUUAUGUCAUAUUUCAUUUUAUUUAUAAUUAUAUAACUGUAUUAUACAAAGAAAUGUACAGGCAUCUUUACACUUUUUUCAAAAUAAGUUAUUGAUAUGACUAAAUAACUAGAACCAAAUGAUUCAGUCAAAUAGAGUCAAGCCUUGAUAGACAAUAAAACAUGCCCUUCAGGCCUUUUUUUUUUGGACAUUUUAUUUCCCACUUAUAUGAAUUAAAUGAUUACUACAAAGUUGUUUUUGAAAUGAACUAUUUAGUGAUACUGUUCAACUUGUAUUGCUGAUCAGCAGCAUCCAAUGAUGAGCACUACAGUUGUACAUUUCAGUGUAAGACAAGUCAGCAUUGAAUUAAUUUUAGAUUUUAACCAAUGAAUGACCGUAUCUACAUUCCUGUGAGCUUCAGAUAGAUCUAACACAUAACAAUCGGCUAAUAAAGAAUGUUUCACAAGGCUUGGCUGUAUUUUACUUUAGUGUAGGAAUGAAUGACCUUAUACAAUAAAAGCUUUAGAAUUCAUUGUGCCAAACAAAUAUUUUUUCAUUUAUUAUGUUUUUGUGAUAAUGUACACAAAUCAACAAAAUAACAUUGAUCUAAUUCGUUAAUAAAACCAAAUUUUAAAGUUGAAUAGAAAUGAUUUUAUCAAUUAGUGCAUAACCAUUUUAUCAGUGUAUAGAUCUAAUAGUUCUAUGACUGCAUGAGCCUAUAGCUUUAAAAUUACUGUCUGCUAAAAACUAAAAUCCAGGUUAUAAUAUAAUUAUUACUAGAUCAGUGCAAUUGUUGUUAUAUUAAAUGGGAAAAAAAAUUAAUUAGUUUUCUUUCAAUGAAUUGAACAAUGACUCACAAUUCACAUAUUUAACUUAAAGUAAAAAAAGCACACAGUUGAAGUUAAUUUCCUUUUUAAAUGUUAGCUCAUUCCUAUAGAUUAUUUAUAAUAUCUUGUGUGUGGUGGUCAGACAUAUCUACACUCUUUUAAAAUCCUAAGUAACAAAAGAUCUUUCUUCAAAUAAAAUAAUAUGUACAAGUUUUACAA